AAGGGGGAAAGACAACUGUAUUAACUAAUGUUAAUUUAGAUUUGAAUGUGUCGGCGCUAGCUAAAUCUUCACAUUUGGCACCAACCCUCUCUUAGAUCUACAAACUUGCUUAAUUUGAUUGCACUUAUUAUUACCCAACCACAUUUACCAAAAUUUACAGCUCCAUUGAUCAUAGAAACACCAAAAACACACAAAAAGACAUCGACAUUUCAACAAAACAUCGCCAUUACACCACCUUAAAUUUUCACAAGUCAAACAAUUACAUUAAUCCCAUUAAAUCAAACAAUUACAUUGUAAUUAUUCGAAUUUCAUAAACUGAUUUUGGUUAAAAAUGGGGGAAGAAAAAGGGUCGAAAGGAGGCUGUUGUGGUUGGAUUUUGGUGUUGAUAGUUGCGGCAUUCAUUGUUGCAGGUUUAGUGGUGGCAUUUAGAUCAAAAUUCCACCAUUCCGAUAAACCCGAACCCAUCCCGGGUCCACCGGGUGCCAUUGUUACUAAAUAUUCCGAUGCCCUCAAACUUGCUAUGCAGUUUUUUGAUGUCCAAAAAGCUGGUAAGUUGGAAGAUAACAAGAUAUCAUGGAGAGGCAAUUCCGCUACAGAUGAUGGGAGUGAGGCAAAGCUAGACCUCUCAAAAGGGUUGUAUGAUGCUGGUGACCACAUAAAGUUUGGGUUCCCAAUGGCCUUCACUGCAACUGUAUUGUCGUGGGCUAUUCUCGAGUAUGGGGAUCAAAUGGCUGCCACAAAGCAGCUUCAACCUGCUCAAGAGAACCUCAAGUGGAUCACCGACUAUCUUGUCAAUGCUCACCCUAGAGAUAAUGUCCUCUACAUUCAGGUUGGUGAUCCUGAACUGGAUCAUAAAUGCUGGGAAAGGCCUGAAACUAUGACUGGGGAAAGGCCGCUUACACAAGUGAAUAUUUCUACACCUGGAACAGAAGUUGCAGCAGAAACAGCAGCAGCUAUGGCAGCAGCAUCCCUUGUGUUUAAGUCGAGUGACGCUACCUAUUCAAGCACUCUUUUGAAGCAUGCUAAACAACUUUUUGACUUUGCUGACAAGUACAAAGGUUCUUACAGUGAAAACAUUCCCGAAGUUGCAACUUAUUAUAACUCCACAGGUUUUGGAGACGAGCUCUUGUGGUCUGCAAGCUGGCUGUAUCACGCAACCAAAGAUGACACUUAUUUGGAAUAUGUGAAUGAGAAUGGGAAAGAAUUUGCUAACUUCGGAAGUCCAUCCUGGUUUAGUUGGGAUAAUAAACUUGCAGGAACUCAGGUACUACUGUCUAGGGUCAAUCUUUUUUCUUCAAAGGAUCUAUCCAGUUCUGCAAACUCUGGCCUUCUGAUGUAUAGGAAAACCGCUGAGGCUGUGAUGUGUGGCCUCAUACCAAAAUCUCCAACAGCAACAUCUAGCAGAACAGAUGGUGGUCUUAUAUGGGUAAGUGAGUGGAAUGCACUUCAGCAUCCGGUCGCAGCUGCAUUUUUGGCUGUUAUCUACAGUGAUUACAUGCUUUCAUCUAGAACAGCAAGGAUAUCUUGCGAUGGACAUUCCUAUAAACCAUCAGAUCUUCGAAAGUUUGCCCUCUCACAGGCUGAUUAUGUGUUGGGAAACAAUCCAAUGAAAAUGAGCUUUCUUGUGGGUUAUGGGGAUAAUUAUCCACAAUAUGUGCACCAUAGAGGAGCUUCAAUCCCAGCAAAUUCAAAAACUGGGUGUGAAGAUGGAUUUAUUUGGCUAAAUUCUACAAAACCCAACCCAAAUGUUGCUGUUGGAGCACUUGUUGGAGGGCCCUUCUUGAAUGAAACGUUUAUUGAUAAUCGAAAUAACUCGAUGCAAACAGAACCGAGCACGUAUAACAGUGCCCUUAUUGUCGGCCUCUUAUCGGGUUUGGUCACAACUUCUUCAGUAGUUCCAUCUUUUACAUCAAGUUAAAGCCAAAACUAUAAACUACAUCAUUAUUGUAUCUAAGCUGUAUUUUUUAUUGUCCAUAUCUAGUUAUCUACGUAGGUAUCGUCGCUUUUGUCAUCAUAGUGCAAUGAUUAGAUGUGUUUAAUUAAACAAACCAGCCAUGGUGUGUACGGACUACGGAGUAGUUAUUAGAUGUCAACUUCUGUGUUUGAUGUGUGGAUUGGAUUCAACAUGGCUACAGAGAUGCACCAAGAUUGUUGUAGACUGCUUUUUGGUUUAAGGUCUAUGAGUGUGUAUCAGGAAAUACAACAGUGAUUUCUACUUAAUUAUUUCAUCUUCUCGAAUUAAACUUGAUUGCGAAA